UAAAUAAUUAUGGGGUCUGUUAAAAAAAAAGUUAUAUAUUAUUAGCCUGGCCAAGCACAGCUCAUUAGUAGAUAUGAAUUUGUUUUGUUAAUAAUCUUGGUGUGGUGCGACUCAGUGCUGUAACUGUGAUCUGAUCUGUCUGAACAACGUGCUUUAUUACACUUACAAACAUGUUUUUGAUAUUUUCAUCAUCAGAAACAUCACUGGGAAAAGAAAAACUCAUAAAAAUCACACUAACAUUUUCUGGUAGAGUUAAAAUGCCACGAAGGAUCAGCCCUCUCACAGAUGCCAUUUAUUAUGUCACUACCAAGAGUGACAAGACAUCUAAGCUAGAGGUGAAGUACAUAAGUUCAGAGAAAGGGCGUCGUAUCUUUACUCUAACUUCAUUUGACAAAGGUGAUUUUGUGGCAGAGUACCGAGGAGAAAUGAUUGAUUUCAUCGAGUCUCAAAGAAGGAGAAGAAUUUACCACGAUGCAUGUGGUGUGUUUAUGUUCGACUUCAAGUGGAAGGGAAAAACUUGGUGUAUUGAUGCUGCAAAAGAAGAUGGAUCUUUUGGUAGGCUUGUUAAUGAUGACCACAAGCACCCAAAUUGCAGAAUGAAGAAGAUUGAAGUGGAUAGGAGGCCACAUCUUUGUCUCUUUGCAUUAAAAGACAUUAAACAAGGACAAAAAAUUACAUAUGAUUAUGGAGGAACAGACUGGCCUUGGCGUAGCAAGGUUAUGGAGGACAAUCCUGAUGAGAACAAUGUCCAAGAAAAACAUCCAUCACAGUCUACAUCUCUUCUGGAUCAUAAUACUGCUACUAGUGCAUCAGUGACUGAACAGCAUUCUUCAUCAGAAGACAGUGAUGAACAAGAUAUGUGCAUACCAAGGUUAAGGAGGACCAAAAGUGUCUUUAGGCAACUAUGCACACAAUGCAGCUGUAAUGAAGUCAGGCGAAGGAGAACUGGUUCCGUACAGACAACCACAAAAUCAAACAGAAGGCGCUGUAUUUAUGCAUUGUGCAUAUUGCCAAGGGCUGUUUACCCGGAAGGUUCUCUGGAGGCAUAUGAAAAGCUGUAAAUUGAGCACUAAAGAUAAAAUCUCAAGACCUGGAAAAAAUCGUGUCCAAGCUCUCUGUUCAUAUGCACAACCUGUAUCUUCAAACAUAAGCAAAGCAUUAUGGAAGACAGUAAGCCACAUGAAUCUAGAUGAAAUCACAGCUGCUGUCAAAAAUGACUGCUGCAUCAUUCAGGUGGGAGAACACUUGCUGAACAAAGGUGGAAUAUCUGCUAAGAAUGAGGCAUAUGUCCGACAGAAGUUGCGAGAGCUGGGAAGGUUACUGGUCAGUGGCAGCAAAGUUGCAUCUUUGAAAAGAAUGGAAGAUUUCCUAGAUCCACAGAACUAUAUGAAGACAGUUAAAGCUGUUAGACAUGCAUGUGGAUAUGAUUAUCAAACCAACACAUACAGAACACCUUCACUUGCAAAAAAAACUUGGAAUAAGCCUAAUGAAGCUUAGUAAGCUUACAAAAGCUAAAGCUUUGAUUAACAAGGAUGUUGACUUGGCACAGAAAGUCACUGGAUUUCAAGAUGUGCAUAAGGAACGGUGGUGUGAUUAGAUCUCUGCAACAGCUGCAUGAAAUAUAGAAGAAUUAAAGUGGAAUGCACCUACUGUGUUGCCAUUUACAAAGGACGUGCAAAAGCUUCACACCUUCCUUGACAAAACACAAGAUGAAUGCGUCAAGCAGUUAUCAUCAGUGUCUUCUACAAAAUACUGGUCCGAACUUGCCAAAACCAUUUUAACUCAAAUCAUCCUGUUCAACCGCCGCAGAGAGGGAGAGGUAUCAAGUAUGCCUUUAUCUGCAUUUUUAACCAGGGACACCUCUGAUCCACAUGCUGAUGUAGACUGGGCAUUGUCUGAAGUUGAGAAGAAACUGUGCAGACAUUUCUCAAGAAUUGUCAUCAGGGGAAAAAGACGACGUCCAGUUCCUGUUCUACUGACACCAAAAAUGCUGGGUGCAUUGGAGUUGCUCGUAAAGAACAGGGAGACUUGUGGAGUGCUAAAGGAAAAUGUUUAUCUUUUUGCUCGGCCAACAGCAAUGUCGCAUUACAGAGGCUCGGACUGCAUCCGUAACUUUGCCAAGCAUUGUGGUGCAGAUAGUCCAUAUGCACUUACAUCCACAAAAUUACGAAAACAGGCAGCAACUCUUUCUACAGUCCUAAAUCUGAGGGACACGGACUUGGAUCAGUUAGCAAACUUUCUUGGACAUGAUAUCCGAAUUCAUCGGGAAUACUAUCGCCUUCCUGAAAAGACCCUACAGCUUGCAAAAGUCAGCAAAGUGCUUAUGGCGUUAGAACAAGGAAGAGUUGGGCAGUUUAAGGGCAAGAAUUUGGAUGAGAUCACUAUUGAUCCAAAUGAGGAAAUGGAGUUAAACAGUGAUGAAAUAAUGAGUGAGGAAGGUGAGAAAUGUGAAGAACAUGAAGACACUCAAGCAGAUGUCUGGGUGCCACCAGUGGACACUGAAAUCGUGCACACCGUGGAGAUGAAUUCUCUUCUAAGGUCUUCUAAAGGUAAAACUUCUACUCUGAAAAAGAGGAAGGCUUGGGAAGUAAACGAGGUCACCGCAGUGGAGAGACAUAUGAAGACUUUCAUCAUGUCAUGCCGUGUCCCAGGGAAGUUGGCCUGUCAAAACUGCAUUACAGCUGAGCCUUUAGCUCUUAAAGAUAGAGACUGGCAAAGUGUCAAAUUCUAUGUCUACAAUCGCAUUGUAGCUUAUAAGAGAGAUCUAAACAAGAAUGAUUAGAUAAGAUGGAUAAUGGCACUUUGGUACUUUUUCUAGUUCUUCUUUAAGUUAUGUUCCAUCUCUAGGCUAUCACUUUAAUGAACCAGUCAGCAUUUAUUUCAUAAUAAACUAAUCAGGAGCAGAUCAAGUAUUUCAAUAUUUAUAAGAACCCUUACCUACACAUUGAUACUGCAUCCAAUCAAAUUUAUUUUGGCUGCCACCUUUCAUUUUACUGCCACUGCCUUUUGUUUGGGCAAUAAAAGCUCCAAUGUGCUGCCCAUUUAUUUGUUUAGCCUAGCUAGCUUGGCAAAUGUUGUUAAAUUGUUAGCUGCCACUUUUUAGAGUAGUCAGUUUAGGUAGAUAAAUAAAGAUUAAGGCCAUAUUCAUGUUUUGGAAAAAAUCCUUUCAUUUGUGUAUACUAAGUAAUGUGCAGUAUGCAAGGUUUGAGGUGAUUGUAAGGGUCAAAAUUUUUAUUUUGGUUGCUGAAAGUUUUUGAUCCAAGUACUUGAAUGCAAUUUAUUUGUAAUUAGUUAAUUAUGAAGUAAAUGCUAGUCAGGCCUAGCCAGUUAUAGAAUGUUCAGUGCUUGUUAUAGUAUGUUAUAGAGAAUACUCAUUUACUUUUGGAUGUUGAUGUAAGUGUAAAUAAGAGUUGUGCUUUUAACAGCUUUGUAUUACACUAAAUAUGAGAGAGUUUAUUCAUAGUACAUGUGAGCUUUUAGUAAAUUUAAUGAGACUUUCUGUUGACUUUGGCAGUAAAGAAGCUCAAGACUCAAGUUGUCUGUUAUGUUAAAUAAACAGGGCUUUUCCUGA